AAACGACGUUAAAAAGUAGAAGACUUGGGCAACCGGAGAAGACGGUUCAGAGUUUUUGAAAUUGUUGUUGUUGUUACUCUUUCUCGAUUUCGAACAAAGUUUUCGAAUUUUUCCAACUCUCUGUAGUGAAAUCAGGGUUUCGAUUUCGAUUUUUUGCCAAAAGAUUUGGGUUGCGAGAUUGUGUAGUCAAACCAGAUCAAAUGUCGGCAUCGACGGUGUCGAUCACCGCUAAUACGGCGGCGGCCACUAGACGGACGCCUAUUCUUGCCGGAGAGAAGAAAUCUAACUUUGAUUACCCUCAAAGCGAAUCGCUUGUGAACGGCGGUGUUGGCGAAGCCGGUGGUACGAGCAGAGAUCUGAGCCGCGGUGAUGCUAUCCUUGAUCGAUCUCAGGGACAAGAUUUGGGUCCCGUGACGAGGAGGUCUGGUUCCGCCGCGACGGCGACUAAUACCACCGCCACGCAGCGCCGGACGCGGAAGGUUGCUACUCCUAAGCCCGAGAAAGCGGGAUGGAAGAGAGUUGUGAGGAUAUUUGCGAAGCAGCUUGGGGCACUUUUGUUUAUUGUUGGGUUGAUUCAAUUGACGAGGAAGAUGAUUCUCAUGGCUUCCUCUCCAUCCUCUCCGAUUUCUUCUUUUGGGACGGAAAUGGCUUUUUCUGGAUUGGAGAGUCGAAUUGCGGAAGUAGAUGGUCUUGUUAAGGCCACAACGAGUACGAUGCAGGUUCAAGUUGAAUUACUUGAUAAGAAGAUGGAGAGGGAAGCUAAAGCACUGAAGCAAGAAAUCGAGAGGAAAGCUUCUGCAUUUCAGAGUGAGUUGAAGAAGAUAGAAUCUAGAACCGAGUCACUAGAGAAGUCAGUAGAUGAAGUAAAUGCUAAACCUUGGGUAUCUAAAGAUGAGUUAGAAAGGAUUUAUGAGGAACUGAAGAAGGGUAAUGUCGAUGAUUCUGCUUUUAGUGAGGUUAGCAUUGAUGAAUUGAGGGCGUAUGCUCGUGAUAUCAUGGAGAAAGAGAUUGAGAAACAUGCUGCAGAUGGCCUUGGCCGAGUUGACUAUGCGUUGGCGUCUGGUGGUGCUUUUGUGAUGCAGCAUUCAGAUCCGUAUCUUAUUGGAAAAGGGAGUAGUUGGUUUGCGACAAGCAUUCGACGUGCUCAUACCAAUGCUGUUAAGAUGCUAUCUCCCAGUUUUGGGGAGCCUGGUCAGUGUUUUGCUCUGAAAGGUAGCAAUGGCUAUGUGCAAAUCAGGCUGAGAGGACCAAUCGUACCUGAGGCUUUCACAUUGGAGCAUGUAGCUAAGAGUGUAGCUUAUGACAGAUCGAGCGCUCCAAAAGAUUGCCGAGUAUCAGGAUGGCUGCAAGGGCAGGAAUCCUCAGUCGAGGAAGAGAAGAUACAACUUCUAACAGAGUUCACGUACGACCUAGACAGGUCAAAUGCACAGACAUUCAACAUCUUAGACUCAUCAUACUCUGGUCUUGUAGAUACUGUCAGGCUGGAUUUCACCUCCAACCAAGGAAGCAACUCGCACACUUGCAUUUACCGGUUCAGGGUUCAUGGACGUGCACCAGAGCCAGUCUCUGUUGUGGAAACCAGUCUUGAUCAGGAGGACUCUUCACAUGGAUAUGAAUAAAACCAAAACCUCUUCUGUCUUGUAACAUUCCUUCAACCACAUAUCUUUUGUUGCCUAUGUUUUGGAAAGAAGGAAAAGAAGAAAGCAUCAGAUUCUGUGAUUAGACUAGUAGAGAGAGUUGUUUGAUUUGAUUCCUCUUUGUGUUUUUUACCUUAUGGGUUUAUUUGGCUGCAGACUACAUAAAAUUUAUGAAAAUGAAAAUAGUGACAAGAAUUCCAAUUCA